AUGGCCACCUUUUUCUGUUGUUCAUCAUCUCAAGGGAUUCAAACUGCUUCCAUCUUCCUCUUUGCCUAUUCUUUCUUACUCUUUUUGCCCUUGUCAAAAUCAGUAUCUUUCGAAAUCUCUCGUUUUGAUGCUGAUGCAACAAACAUACUCUAUUUAGGCGAUGCCGUGCCUUCAGUUGGAGCCAUAGAGUUCAACAAGGUCAAUUACCUCACUCGUGUUGGUCAAGCCAUAUUCGCAGAAACAGUCCCGAUAUGGGACAGAAAAUCCGGUAAACUCUCUGAUUUCAGCACUCACUUCACUUUCAUCAUUGAUACGCUAUCUCAAUCCAAAUACGGCCAUGGGUUUGCUUUCUUUCUAGCCCCAGUUGGCUUCCAAAUUCCACCCAACUCACCUGGUGGCUUUUUAGGCCUAUUCAAUACAACUUACACCGAUUCAUCCCGAAACCAAAUGAUUGUCAUCGAGUUUGACUCUUUCGUGAAUGAAGAGUGGGAUCCUCCAUUUGAACAUGUUGGUAUCAACAAGAACUCAAUUCAUUCUGCUAAUUACACCGCUUGGAAUGCUAGUUUACAUAGUGGGGAUUCGACGGAUGCCUGGGUUUCUUACAAUGCCACCACCAAGGUUCUGAGCUUGUCAUGGAGCUACAGGGCUGGAAACAAUUCUCGAGAGAAUACCAGUCUUUCGUAUCAAGUUGACCUCCGGGAAGUUCUUCCUGAGCGGGUAACCGUAGGAUUUUCGGCUGCCACUGGUGCCAAUGUGGAGAGACAUAUCCUUCAAUACUGGGAGUUCAAUUCGAACUUGGAAAUGGAAAAAAAAGGUGGAGAUAAUUCAAAAGAAAGGAAACUAGCAGUGGGCUUAUUAGUCCCUCUUGGCGUUCUAGUUGUAGGAGGCAUAGUAGCAUGUGUCGUAGUUUGGAGGAGAGAAAGUAAACCUACACAAGAAUCAGUAGAGACAAUUACCUUAACAUCGAUGAAUGAUGAUCUUGAAAGAGGAGCAGGACCGAAAAGAUUUUCUUACAGCGAUCUCGCUUCAGCCACCAAUAACUUCUCAAAUGACCAGAAGUUGGGGGAAGGAGGAUUCGGGUGUGUCUACAAAGGCUACUUAUCGCAUGAAGGCUUGGUGGUUGCGGUCAAGAAAAUCUCACAGGGUUCUAAACAGGGAAAGAAAGAGUACAUAACCGAAGUGAAGAUCAUUAGUAGUUUAAGGCACCGAAACUUGGUGCAACUCAUCGGUUGGUGCCAUGAUCAAACUCAAUUCUUGCUUGUUUACGAGUUUAUGCCAAACGGCAGCCUUGACUCUCACCUCUUUGGAAAAAAGAGCCCCCUUGAGUGGGGUGUGAGGUAUAGGAUAGCAACGGGUUUAGCUUCCGCCUUGCUCUAUCUUCAUGAAGAAUGGGAACAAUGUGUGGUGCACCGAGAUAUCAAAACCAGCAACAUCAUGCUUGAUUCGGGGUUCAACGUGAAGCUUGGAGACUUUGGAUUGGCUCGACUCAUGGACCAUGAGUUAGGUCCACAAACAACCGGUUUAGCCGGAACUCUAGGCUACUUGGCUCCAGAGUGCGUAAUGACAGGAAAAACAAGCAAAGAGUCUGAUGUAUACAGCUUUGGGGUGGUUGCAUUAGAGAUCGCUUGUGGGCGAAAAGCAAUGGAUAGCAUUGACCCAAAUUCCGAUCUGGGAUUGGUCCAGUGGGUCUGGGGUUUACUUGGAAAAGGUGAGCUGGUUUCGGGGGCGGAUCAGAAGCUAAAGAAGGAAUUUGACGCAAAACAAGUGGAGUGUUUGAUGAUGGUGGGGCUAUGGUGUUCGCACCCUGACCGGAGUCUGAGGCCAUCAAUCCGACAAGCAAUUCAGGUGCUCAAGUUUGAGGGUGCAUCCCCAAAUCUUCCAACUAAGAUGCCGGUGCCUGUGUACUACACUGCUGAAGUCAGUUCUGGAGGUGCUUCAAUAACUUAUACUAGCCUUGAUCUUGUACGUUGA